GUGACUGCGAAAGCCAAACCAGAAGACGGAGAGAGAAGGAAGCUGAUUAGCUGAAAGCGUGUGAAACAACUGCACAGUACGCACGUUCUCAGCUCCCUAGAGAGAGCAACCCCGAUAUCAUGGCAAGCCUUUAUAGAGGAGCUAGGACAGAAAAGCCUAGAGGGCGCCAUCAUGGAUUAACUCAACAGAAGAGGCAAGAGAUAAAGGAAGCAUUUGAGCUAUUCGAUACUGAUGGCUCAGGCACCAUUGAUGCCAAAGAGUUGAAUGUUGCCAUGAGGGCCCUGGGGUUUGAAAUGACAGAAGAGCAAAUUGAGCAAAUGAUAGCAGAUGUUGACAAGGAUGGCAGUGGUGCUAUUGAUUUUGAUGAAUUUGUGCACAUGAUGACAGCCAAGAUUGGAGAAAGGGAUACCAAGGAGGAGCUAAUGAAAGCUUUUCACAUUAUUGACCAAGAUAAAAAUGGAAAGAUAUCUGAAGCAGACAUUAAGCAUAUAGCAAAGGAGCUGAAUUUGAAUUUUAGUGACAAAGAGAUUCGUGACAUGGUAGAGGAAGCAGACCGUGAUCGUGAUGGUGAAGUCAAUUCUGAGGAGUUCAUCAGGAUGAUGAAGAGAACUACUUAUGGGCAUUAAAGGUCGAAUUUCAAAAUCUAUGCAAUAUUGGCAAUCUCAAUGGAAUUCUGACAGAUGCAUACUCAAAUUUUCGGAAUUCAGAGCCUAGCAAAAGACCCUCCAGAAUGAAAUUACAGUUUCAUAUAUUCUCCCAUUUGCUUGACCAUUUACAUUUGCAAUGUGGUUAAUUUAGUUUGUUUCUAUUACCAUCCUUUGUACAGUGUUUCUCUAUUUGGGUAUACAUUUUGUCCUAAUGAGUUCUGUGAGAGGUGGUUUUUGUUCUAUGUCCAGACUCCAGACAUUAUUUUGGAUAUUGACUCCUUAGGAAUGAUAAAUUAUCCAAUA